AUGCCAUCAGACCCACGUUCAGGGGUCUUGACUCUGCUCCAUACAGCAUGCGGUGCAGGCGUAUUAGCUAUGCCGUUUGCAUUCAAGCCGUUUGGGUUAAUGCCAGCUUUGAUAACACUGACGUUCUGUGGAGUAUGUUCCAUGUGUGGGUUGCUAUUGCAGACGCGAAUAGUGAAGUACGUACCUAAAUCUGAAAACGCUUCAUUUGCUAAACUCACACAACUAAUCAACCCAUCGUUGAGUAUAGUAUUUGAUUUUGCCAUUGCUGUUAAGUGUUUUGGAGUUGGUGUCUCUUACUUGAUUAUUGUCGGAGACCUGAUGCCACAGAUAAUGUCAUCGAUCUUAUACCGUAAUGAUGAUAACACCGGGGAUUCGCAAGAGCAUCACUGGUUCUUGGACAGGCGAUUAUACAUAUCUUUAGUCAUAACGUUUGUCAUUGCUCCCUUAUGCUUCAAGAAAAGCCUAAAUUCUCUACGGCAUGCUUCUAUGAUUGCUAUUGUUAGUGUUGCUUAUUUGUGUGGCUUGAUUAUUUACCAUUUUCUAAAUCGGUCCCAAUUAGAGAGAGGCCAAGUCUAUUUUAUGACACCCCACCAAGAUGCCCAAUCUCAUUCAUCUCUGACAACGUUGCCGAUUUUUGUGUUUGCUUAUACUUGUCAUCAUAAUAUGUUUAGUGUCAUUAAUGAACAAGCAGACAAGAGCUUCAAGAUCCUCAGAAAAAUUCCUAUUGUUGCCAUUUCUUUGGCCUAUAUUUUAUACAUCGUUAUUGGUGGAACAGGUUAUAUGACCUUCGGUGAUAAUAUUGUUGGGAAUAUUAUCACACUAUACCCGAACUCCAUAUACACCACCAUCGGAAGGCUGGCUAUGCUACUACUCGUUACGUUAGCAUUCCCGCUACAAUGUCAUCCCUGUAGAUCGUCCAUAAAAAACAUGAUUGUUUUUAUUGAAAACUUAAGAAAGGGCACGACGCAUGAUACCACGACUGGCUUUAUUCCUCUAGACAAUCUAAGUAGUGAAGAUCCCCAAGAAAUAGCACAACAAGACAACGAGCAAUCAAAUCUGCCAGGUGAAUCAAUAAGACAAACUAAUGUCAUCACUCUUUGUAUCUUGAUAUUUUCAUAUUUGUUGGCCAUUUCAAUUACUUCCCUGGCCAAAGUCCUAGCCAUUGUUGGAGCUACGGGAUCCACAUCUAUCUCUUUUAUUUUACCUGGUCUUUUUGGCUACAAAUUAAUCGGCUCAGAGUUUACCAACAGGAAUGACAGAGUGCCGACAAGUGUAAAGAUUUUCAAGUAUUUAGGUCUAUUCCUAUUUAUUUGGGGUAUAGCAGUAAUGGUAACUUCUUUAUUUGCUACCGCAUUUUUAGGAUCAUCAUCCCAUUGA